CCCGGUGGAGCCUCACCGAGAAGACUCGCUUUCCCUUGCAGCAUUGCGGCCCCCCUCCCAUCUCGCGCCUUCCCUCUUGUCUCUGGUCGAGCUGCUAGCCGUCGGUGUGUGUUGUUGUUGAAGCAAUGAUGGCGGCAGCGGGAUGCGGAUCAGCAACCGCGGCUGCCGUAGGAGGCCAAGGUGGAACCGCCACGGCCAGAGGUCGUUUCCCCGGUCGGCCUUGGUCGUCACGCAGUCGUUUGCGCUCCGAGAAGCGGUGGCAACUCGGACGAUCAGGCUUAGAAGCUGAUGAUGUGAGUAACGGAGGGCCAAGGCCCGCAAACAUGGUCCUCUCGUUAAACGAUGACCAGCCUCACUUGCGCUUGCUCGGGAUAGAGGCGAGCCACCAGGUCCUUGGCCAGGCUGGGUACAGCUCUAGUGGGAGUGAAGAGGUGAGGUCCCAAACCGAGCCAGGAGGAGAUGACUUCAGAGGAUUUGAAGCUGAUAGAAAAGGUCCCAAAGGACCUGCAUGGUCUCGACAAAACCCUUCCAAAGGUGAUGCUGUCAACACAAAAACUAAACGACAAAGUGAAAAGCUGCCACUUAAAAUGCCAGCAGAGGAGGCAGCUCUAACCCCACCUGAUCCUGUAAAAGAAAUAAAAUCACUGGAGGAAGUUCCCGUCUUAUCUCCUGAGGCAAAGCCUGCAAAGGAUUGCAGGAAAGGUUCAAAAGGAAAAAACACCAUGGAUCGACAGUCCACUAAAAGCGGAGCGUCAUCAGCAGCACCAAGGAUUACUAUAAAGUUGGUGGCCAAAAAGAAAAUGAAAACUGUAAAGGAACCUGCUUCACAGAAAAAAUCUGUGAAAAAACUGAAGAUAAAAGGAAUUCAGGAUCAGUCUAAAACCAAGGACAUUCAGGGCAACCAGAUUUCAAGUGCUCAUGUCAAAUUAAAAACGGAACCACAUGAGGAAAAACUUGUCACCGAGGAUAAGGGAGAGGGGACUGUACCUGCAAGAAGGCGCGGGAGAUCUGCCUCAAAGACAACUGAGCCUGUCAGCCAGACCAGCGCCAAAGUUGUGAGUGAUGACCAAAAAUCAAAAGAGGGAAACGUAGUUGGUCGACUUGUCACUGCAAUGGAGAGUCGGACUAAAGAGCCAAAAACGAAUGCAAAGAAAUUAAAGCAGAAAGAAUUUGCAACAGAACAGAGUUCUGAAUUUAAUCAAGUAGUGGUUCGUAGGAGCAACAGAGUCACUACCCCCCUCUCUACAAGUGUCUCAGACAGUGCAGCUGAACCAGAGAAUCAGAGCAAAAGUGAUGCCAUUCUGGUGGAGUCAAAAAAAGAAGUUUCUAAAACUCUGGAGGCCAAACCAUCUUCAAGAGGGGACAGACGAAGGCAAAGCAAGAGGCUAAAUAAGGAUGUAACAGUGCCAGAAAACCAUGAUCCAUCAUCCACAGAGACUGAUAAUUCAGCUGCACAGCUCGGUGACAGUUUGUCUUUGAAAAAAGAGGAAAUGAGAGUCCCAAGUUUAAAGUUGAUAAAGAUCAGAAAUCCAAAAUAUGAUCGACAGGCCAGUGGGAAGAAUUCAACUCGAAAGAAAAAACGCAGAAAAUUUGUCUGGACAUUAACAUUAGUGAAGGGAGUAGGUCAGACACGGGGGACUGAAAACACUGACAAAGCACCGGAGAAGAAUGUGAGGGAAGUGGACCAGUCCACUUUUUGUGACACGAGUGUCAACAAGACUUUGAAUGGCAUGGAUAAAAAAUCUAAACUGGACUAUUCGGCACCACAAGAGAGCAAAAGCACGGAAAGCGAGUGUUUUCAAAAAAAAGCAGACGUAUCUGAGGAAAAGACAACGCUGCAGGUGGAAGUUGAAGUGGAACAGGUAGCUGAAGCUCCACCUGCAGAAAUAAAUAAAACGGAUUGCGGGAAAGUUGUCCCACCUCUACAGAUCAAAAAGGUAUCUUCUCCUGGUAAACAUAAAAGCUCAAAGCCAUCAUUUUUAAUUCAGCAAGUCAGUCCUGUGUCUGAAAGGAAUGAAGAUGUUUUCAAAGAUCUAAAUGAAGUCAGUGAGGAUAAGUCAUCGUGUCCGGAUACAGUCGUCAACCCAACUAGGAGACUAAGAAGGAGGACGUCAAGCAUUGAUUCACCACAAACAAAGUCUGUCAGUCAUAAACCAGUAACCACUCCAAAACGAAGACUUAGAACAAGUCCACAAAAGGACGCAGCUCCACUGCUGCACAUUGAAGAUUCUUCUCAGGUUUCAACUGAUGAUUCAGCUACUAAUGUUCUUCCUGAAAACUCUAGUCCGGUUUUGGCUGAGAAGCCGACGCAGGUGACGAGUUUAAACUCCACAAAAGUUCCUGAUAAGGAUCCUUCAAAGAUUGCUGGUGAUCCCUCAGAGCCGCCAGUUGAAAUCUCUCCACAGAUGGUAAAGAAUGAGGUCGAACCACAGAUUACAGUGGAGAAACCAUUGCCAGUGCCUUCCAAACCUAGAAAAAGUAGAAAUAAUAAAUUACGAAAAAAGAAGUCUGCCCAAAUGAAGAAGACUGUUGUGUCCCCUGAAAUCCCUGUCAACACAGAGUUGGCUACAGUUGAAGCUACUAUCACAGAGUCUGUAGAAAAGGAAGAUACUUCUACGACACAUUUAGAACCAGAGGCAAGUCAGCCAGAAGCAAAGGAUUUCACCCAGUCAGAGGCAACACAGAUCUCUGUGUCAGUGGAAGAAGAGCUUAUACAGUCCCCGGUUAAAGAGGAAACAGAUAUUCAGUUGAUAGAUAGUCAACCUUCUUUGGUGUCCGAAAGCCAACAAUCUUUGGUGUCCGAAAGCCAACAAUCAUUAGUGUCUGAAAGUCAAGCACGUGACCCAAGAACACUGCGCCUACAAAAGAAAUCUCUCAAAAAAGCCAAAAAGAGGCGGAAGAUUUUGAUUGGGCAACGUCAGAAACACAGGCACAGGAGCAGAGACGGGAAGUUUGCUCCACUUAAAAUAUCUGACCGUCAGAAAACAGUUGAAGAGGAUAGUGACAUUUCCGCCCCAUUGGCAGCUACCACACCAGCCCUGAGCUCCAAACUGAUCGGAGUGCAUAAAAAAUACAAAAAGACACAUUCAGGCCUAAAGUUUUUUGGGUCUAAAAGGCCAGAACCACAAUCUAAAAUAAUUUCUAAGCUGCUAGAAAUUGGGCUUGAAAAAGAUGAUUUGAAGCAAGAAGAAACAGACACGUUGGUUGAUGGGGGGCAGGCAGAUGUUGUCGAUACCCAGCCUGGUAAAUCAAAGUUUGUAAAAAACAUCAAGCACUUCAUUAUGCCUGUUGUUAGUGCUAGAUCCUCUCGAGUCAUAAAGACCCCACAAAGGUUCAUGGAUGAUGUUGGAAUGUCUGUAUUGCCUCGAAGAAACUCUCCAAAGAAGGGUCUACAAUUGGGUUUGCAAAUACGUCCGGGAAAGAGGAGAGACGAUGGGAUGGACAGAGCAAUAUCCCCUAUCCUGCCAGUCGAAGGUGAGGACAUACUGAGUGAAGCGCAACUGGAUGUCGAUCUGUUUUCAGCACAGGAUCUAGAUGACGACCUUGAUUUAGCUGACAGCCUGUUCUCUGAGAGAAAAAGUAGCAAAAGUGAAAAGAAGAGGUCUUUUCUGAAGAACUCUAGUUUCAAGUGGCAUAUGUCGGAGGAGUCUAGCGAGGAAAUGUAUACACCGGACAAAUCUCCAGAGAACAAAUGUGAGGAUCUGUUUUUAUCUGCACCAGUGGAUAAGCCCACAGAACUGUCUAGUGACCUCCUGGAUGCUCAGAAAAAGAAAAGCUCUCCAAAGUUUAAUAAACAAACAGCUCAACUCAAGAUUUACCAAGGGCUGAAGAAGAUAAACUCGGUUCUUCCCAAAAGCAAAAAUACAACAGAGAUGGACAGCGUGAGUAAACCCCUUCAGCCCCCUGUGGAUUUAGCAGAAGGACUGGAUGAUGAGGCCAUGAGCAUCAGCCUCAGGCAGCGGAAUACGAACGUUGAAAAGUCCAAGCUCAAGAUUGAAGACCUUGAUAGUCCGGGAGUAGUGAGGAAAGUUUCUGUGUGUGUUCGGAACACAAACUCUAAGACGCUUGGAUUUCAGCACAGUAAAGAGAAGAGUUUAGUGGCAAAAGACAUCAUCCCACGUCCCUCAGGAGAGCUGCCGUCAGAGCAGAACUCAGGCACAGGUCAAAGCGAUUACCCUGGGACUGUGGAGAGGGGAACGUCACAAAGAGCGCGCCUCACUGGUGCAAAUAAAAGAAUGUUCAAUCUCCUCAGGAAAGCGAAGGUCCAGCUCAUUAAAAUUGACCAGCAGAAACAGCUGAAGUCAUCUGGGCUGUUAUCUGGCCCGAGUGGCGCCAGGUCUCGAGAUGUCAACUCUAAGAGACACAAGAGGAAGCAGAGGGUGCAGCCUCAUGCUGUUCCAGUCAAGACAGAGUCGCCCCAAGGACAACUCAUCUCCCCACUGUGUCAGGAGUUUCGUAGAGCAGGAGGCCCACGGAUCAAGCACGUGUGUCGUGCAGCAUCUGUGGUGCUGGGACAGCCUCGAGCCUUGGUCCCAGAUGACAUUCCCAGACUGAGCGCUCUGCCUCUGCAUGAAAGAAGUGGCAUUUCCCCAUCUGCCAUCACUAAAGAUGUUGGGUCUCCCUCAGAGUCAGACAGUCCAGGACUCUCAGAUCCAAAGGUCACCAAAGUCAAGAAACCAUCGAGUUUUGCGAAACGGAAAGGACUCGGGCCGUUUGGGUACCGUUCUCGGAGGUGUGGCGUAUGCAAAGGCUGCAACCACGAGGACGACUGUGGCGACUGCAUAAACUGCCUUGACAAACCUAAGUUUGGUGGUCCCAAUACAAAACGACAGUGUUGUGUGUAUAAAAGAUGUGAUCAAAUUGAAGAGAGGAAAGCACGCAGACUGAGUGGAAGAACGGCACCCAAAGGUGCCGCCAAGCGACAGCGAUCUUCACUUAGUGGGGGUCAUUCAAGUAAUGACGAAGGAAACGAGGGUGCCGCAGACUCACCAUCUGGUCUCCAGGGUGACGACCACAGUCCGUCAGUGAGGAAACAGCCGAAGCGUGUUGUGAAACCCCGUGUCUACUUCGACCUGGUGGACUACGAGUCAGAUCUAGACGACAAAGCUCUCUCAAGCUCUGCGUCACCAGCCAGGAGAAGAGGAACUGGAUACCGUUUCAAUCAAGACUUUGUGUCACUGGAUGGAUUCCUGGGAGACAUUUCAGAUGAAGAAGUCAGGCAUCGGAAGUCCAGCUCACACCGUGUCCAACCUGGGAAGCGUAAACCCGAGAAGGGUCAGACAUCGCAGGUUCCUUUUGAGCAAACUCCCCCCAGUGUGCUGGCAGCUUUGGCUCAUGGGUUUGAACAGAGAGACGUUGAGUCAUCUAAACCUACUCACAAAAUCAGGGUUGAUUUCAAGGAGGACUGUACUUUGGAGAACGUGUGGAAAAUGGGUGGUUUGAGUAUACUGACAUCUGCGCCGCUCAUGCCGCCCUAUGUCUGCCUCCUUUGUGCCAGUAAAGGGCAACAUGAGAUGCUGUAUUGCCGAGUAUGUUGUGAACCCUUCCAUCAGUUUUGCCUUGAACCAUCAGAGCGCCCCUCAGAGGACAACAAAGAAAACUGGUGCUGUCGUCGCUGCAAGUUCUGCCACGUGUGCGGCAGGAAAACCAAGCACUCAAAGCCUUUGUUGGAGUGUGAACGAUGCCAGAACUGUUAUCAUGCCUCAUGUCUUGGACCCAACUAUCCAAAACAAAACAAGAAAAGGAAAGCUUGGGUUUGUAUGACAUGCAUCAGGUGUAAAAGUUGUGGCGUCACACCGGGUAAGAGUUGGGACGCUGACUGGAACCAUGACAAAGGCCUCUGUCCAGACUGUUCAAAACUGUAUGACCAGGGUAACUACUGUCCAAUCUGCUUCAAAUGCUAUGAGGACAAUGACUAUGACAGUCAGAUGAUGCAGUGUGGCACCUGUAACCACUGGGUACAUGCCAAGUGUGAGGAUCUAACAGAUGAGCUGUAUGAGAUUCUGUCGAGCCUUCCAGAGAGUGUAGUGUAUUCAUGUCGGCCGUGUAGUGUAACCCAGCCCAGUGCCUGGAGAGAGCUGCUUUACAUUGAGCUCAGGGCUGGGGUGGAGAAGGUGCUAGCUUGCCUGCUGUCCUCCACCCUCACCCAGCACCUUGUUACCUGCUCACAGUGUGUAAAGUUGGUCGAUACUGACAGCAGACUAGAAGGGCAGCCAGCCUGUGACCUCCGAGCUGUAGGCAAGAAAUUUGACAAGGGCCUUUAUACUACGUUGAAAAUGUUCCAUGAAGAUGUUGUUCAGGUGGUUCGAAAGAGGCUUGAGCAAGAAGAGGAUCUUCCAGAGGAGCAGAGACCCACUGCCCUUGCACGCUCUUACUAUCUAAAGCUCCUCGAGGAGGUGUUUAAUUGGUUCAACAGCCAAGAUCCAAAGGUGUGGAGCUCUUGUACCAAAGACAUGCCUAUGGGGAUGCUGUCCCAGGCUGUUCAUCCUCCAACAACAGAGCACGUUUAUGCUCAGUGGCAGGAGAGGGAGGAGCUCACGUCGAGGGCCCCACUGCGGCUCCUGCAGGAAGACAACGAAGAGAGCUUAGAUGUAAAGGAGGAAGAAGCAGUUUCUCCGAUGUCUGGGGAGCUAACAAGCCGGAACCACUUCAAAACCAGCAGGGCUGUCAGACUCAAAUUCAAAGGGAAAAGAGGCCGGCUUUCUAAAGCAGAUCUAGACACUGGAUGGUCCAAGGAUGAUGAGAGACAGUGCUCAUUGUGCCAAAAAUUUGGAGACCUCAAACCUAAUGAAGCGGGCAGGUUGCUGUACUUGGGCCAAAAUGAGUGGGCACAUGUCAACUGCUGUCUGUGGUCAGCUGAGGUGUUUGAAGAGGACAACGGCUCUCUGUUACACGUACACAGUGCUGUCACAAGAGGGCGCUUGAUGCGAUGUGAACGCUGCAACCAGACGGGUGCCACAGUGGGCUGCUGCCUGACAUCUUGUCAAAGCAACUAUCACUUCAUGUGCGCCCGUUCCCGUCACUGUGUGUUCCAGGACGAUAAAAAGGUCUACUGCUACAAACACCGACAUCUCAUCAGUGGCAGGAUGAGAACUGGUCAAGAGUUUGAAGUAAACCGCAGGGUGUAUGUGGAUUUCGAGGGGAUCAGCCCUCGCAGAAAGUUUUUGACAGGACUGGAACCAGAACUGAUCAACCUCAUGAUUGGUUCCUUACAGAUAGAAAAACUGGGUGUUCUGACAGAACUUUCAGCUAGCAAAGGAAAACUGUGUCCGGUGGGGUUUCAGUGUUCUCGGUGGUACUGGAGUACAGUUAAUCCAUUGCGCCGGUGCAAAUAUACAUGUACAGUCCGCGAGGUUCGGCCUGUUGUCCCAGAGAAGCCUGUUGAGGAGAUGCCUGACCGAGGAGACAAUCACACCAUAGCUCAUAGCCCCUGUCCGCUACCAGAAUCUGAAGUGCAGGAGGCUAACAUAACAGACUCCCAACCCCCAACGGAGGACAGCUUUGUCCAGGCACCUCCUCCUAAGUCAGAUCACAGUGCAAGGCCAAAGAUUCCCAGCUAUCCCCAAACGAGGAGACCUGCUGGAGGAAUGUCUCGACCUCUGCCAUCUCCAGGUUUAGGCCAGUUGAAACCUCACCACAUAUUAACCAUUAGUGAUCUGGAGGAGACUCGACGGGUUCGUCACCAUCCCCCACAUUCACACACAACAGGCCCCCGCGGUCGCAUGUCCCCCCCGCCCCUGGGCCCUCUGACUGGACCGAUCACACUCCGUGCUGGAAAAUCUUCCCAUCCCACUUCCCCACUGUUCCCACUUGCUACAGACAACCCGAUAAGUUCUCCAUCAUCCCGCCCAGUCGUAGGUAGAAGUGCGUCCUCAGUCCGAUGCCCUGGAAAUACAAUGACCCACUGUACCUCAUCUUUCUUCCCUCAGUCUCCCUGGCAGGACAGUACGGGAAACUUUCCUUCUCCUAGUCUGUCCUUCUCUCGAACUCGAUUAUCAUUUGAUCUGAAUCAGUCAGACUCAGUCGAGGUGCCGCACAACUUCUUAGCUUCACCAGAGCCUGAAGAUGUCUCUCCAGCCAAUGGUACUUCACCCCAGGGAGACUUGGACCAACAGAAGGAUGAAGAAGAAUUUCCCUACAGUUCAUUCCACAAGGAUCCCAGCAUGAGUCUUGGCCAAGAGAUGAGGACAGAGCUGGAGAUUGAAGAGACGCUCCUGAAUGAAGGUGUAGCAAUGAACUGUGGGGGGCAGAUAGUAGUGGAAGGUGAUGAUCAGGAAGAGUUUUGGGACAGAGUCCAGGAUGUACACAAAAGGAAGACGCUUGUUGCCAACCUACCACGGUCUGCAGCUUCAGCCAGGGACGACUUAGCAAGCACCUCCUCUGAUGAGGAUGAUAUGGAGCAUUAUUUUGACUUCUCUCGGACAAUAGUCAGUCGUCCCGGAUCAAAAGAUCUCUCCAAGUCUCCCUCCUCCCCUUCCUCCCGGCCUAUGGCUCAGCUUGACGGUGUUGAUGACGGCACAGAGAGCGACGCGAGCAUUGUGACCAGCAAUGAUGUUCAGAAAGUUGAUGGUCCUACUCGAACUCGGAUUCAAGCCAAAAACCUGAAUAAUAAAAACGUCCCUGAAUUGGAAACUGCAAACGGCACAGAGGCUGUUCGGAAUCUGUCCCCCGUAGCAUCGUCCAAUGAUAAGCAUACAGAUUCUUCAUCAGUUACCAUCUCAGUAGUCGGCAAAAGUCCUGUAGAUGGUUCAAAUCAAGAUGCACCUAAAUCAUAUGAUGCUACGCUGUCAAAUGACAACAACAAGGGACUUGUUUCUCCACAAAGCUCUCCACUUAAAGAGCAAAACACUGACUCUGAGACUGUGCUUCCUACUCCAGUUCAUGAUGCAAACUCACUCACAAAGGUGCCUGAGACCUCAUAUUCAGUGGGGGAAUUCCAGGGUCCCAGUCUAGGGUUUGCUCCUGAAAUGCCUCUUGUUCUUGACAGCUGUAAGCCUGACAGCUUUGUGUCAUCAGCUGAGGCAUCUGCUGUGUUAAUGAACCACUUGACAGCGAAUAAAAUGGAACCUUCUUUCGCUGAUGCUUCUGAUACUAGUCAGCGCAUCUUGUUGGAACUUCUUCAGCCACCUUCAAUGUCUACAGAUACACAAAACCCCACUCAAGGCAUUAUAGACCCCUUGCAGAUGUAUACCUGCUUACCAGGUUUACCAAGUAUUACACUUCAGCCUGUGACAUCCUCACAAGAGUCUGCAGCCUCCAUAGAACCUCUGUCUACUAAACUAACCACGCUUACUACCGUUGGAGACGUGACACAAACACUGCUUAGUGUCGCUCCACAAAAUGAUCCCGUGCUGUCUGUGACAUCUGGCGCUCGACCCCCAGCAGUGACGUGUGGAACUGUCUCUGUACCCAUCUACUCCACAAAAACACAGGCAUUGGGUUCUACGGCUGUCACCAUUGUUUCUUCCACUGCGUCAAUACCUUCUCUUUCUGUGCUGACGACACAGUGUUCAGCUGCUCCAACCACAAUCCAAACCACCUCAGCCCCUGUGAUCCUAAAUGGUUACAGCUCAUCAUCUGUGCAGAAAGACCCUGCAUCUGCCCACACUAUCUCCAUCAACUUUUCCACCCCCAGGAUGGCUUUAGAACCUCAACAGCCAGUGGUGUCUCAGGCAUUACCUGGUCAUGCCAUUCUUACUGUGAAAGAGGUGGGGGGUCCUAACGUGGAUCCCACACCUCACGUCCUGCUGGUGAACCGACUCGGGCAGAUCUUUGUGAAGAAUCCAGAAAGCAACACUUUUCAGCUGCCCACUCCCAACUCCCCCUCCUAUAACUGUGUCACUCAGAUUGCAAGUCUUUUGCAAAGCAACGCGCUUUCAGCCACACUAGCAGCAGCUGGCAACAUGACAGCACCACCCCCCAGGGUCAGCGUGGCAGCAGCAGUGCCUCCGUCAGUCACACCUGCAGUUCAGAAUCCAACCACAAUUACACAGCUGCUCACUCACAACAGCAACGGUUCGGUGGCAUCAGUUAAUGUGAAGAAGCCAAGGAAGAAUACAAAAACAUCAAAAGAUGAGACUGUAACACAAUUUAAAAAACCAAAGAAAAAGAAGGAGUCCAGUGCAUCCAGAAAGUUAUCGAAGGCGACAGGUCAGCCCGCUCAGUCGGCUGAGAGUCCUCCCACGACCCCUGCUGAAAGUGCCCAAGCAAUUAUCAACCAAGCAAUGGCGAGUAACUACACCCCCAAGUGGAGUGGGCUUCGAACACUCAGCCCCUCCUCACUGGUUUUGCCACCUGGCCUAUUGAUUGAACCAGAGCUUCCUGUGUCACCUCGCUCUUCAUCACCAACGCCAGCUCCUGCACCACGACCUCGCACCCAUGUCCGCAUGAAAAGAGUGUCCUCGCUUUCAGACCGCAUUGUCACAAAGAAAUCAAAAGUUGACUUCCUGCCACCAGAGCCCAUCAGCGAGGACAAGGAGCGGCCCAGAGCCACCUUUCCCAUCAUCUCCAGCAGGGCCUCGGGAGUCCGCAUCAAGACACCAACGGUGAAAGGAGUGCUAAACCUGGACGAGCUAAAGCAGGAGCGAAUCAGUGAUUCUGAAAGCACAGGGUCUGAGCCUUGGGAUUACAUGUCUUGGGGGGAACAAGGCAAGCCGCAUGCUUGGGAACCAGUUGGACACAGCAACUUGACUGACUGGAAGAAAUACUCUGGUGCUGCUUCUACCUCAGACGAUGAACCCCCGCCGUCUGAUAAGGAUGAAGAAUGUUCAACUAACAGAGACCAGCCGUUCUUACAAUUUGAGAUCACCAGCGAUGAUGGGUUCAGCGUAGAGGCAGACAGUAUCGAGGUGGCUUGGAAAGCGGUGAUAGAUGGGGUGCAGGAGGCACGAGCGCUUGCGAGGCUGAGACCUCUCACCUUUCAGAGGAUCACAGGUGCUCGUAUGCUGGGUUUGGUCCACGAUGCUGUGGUGUUCUUGCUGGAGCAACUUCAAGGAGCUCACCGAUGUCAACCCCACGCCUUCCGUUUCUUCAAACUGUUCAGCCAAGAGGAUGAUCUGCCGGUCAAUCCCAGUGGCUGUGCUCGCUCUGAGCUCUAUCUUAGGAAGUCCACGUUUGAUAUUUUUAACUUCCUGGCUUCUCAGCAUAGGCAGCUUCCUGACAAUGGGCCUUAUGAUGAUGAGGAAGAUGAGGUUCUGUUGAAGUCCACAAGACGAGCUACUAGUUUGGAGUUGCCCAUGGCCAUGCGCUUCAGACACUUAGAACGAACAUCCAAGGAGGCUGUUGGCGUCUACAGGUCUGCCAUCCAUGGCCGAGGUCUUUUCUGCAAGAGGAACAUCGAAGCGGGGGAGAUGGUUAUUGAAUACGCAGGCAUCGUCAUCCGCUCAGUGCUCACUGACAAAAGGGAGAAGUACUACGAUGGCAAGGGUAUUGGCUGUUACAUGUUCCGCAUUGAUGACUUUGAUGUGGUGGAUGCGACCAUGCACGGCAAUGCAGCGAGGUUCAUCAACCACUCCUGCGAACCUAACUGCUACUCCAGAGUGAUAAACGUGGAAGGCCGGAAGCACAUUGUCAUCUUCGCUCUGAGGAAGAUCUACAGGGGGGAGGAGCUCACCUAUGACUACAAGUUCCCCAUUGAAGAUGCCAGCAACAAACUCAACUGCAACUGUGGAGCACGGCGAUGUCGGCGUUUCCUCAAUUGAGCGAUCCCUCGAAGGAGAUGGGGGAAGAUCUUGUUCGCUAGUAAGCCUUAAUGUCUGAUGGCACUGGAUUGGAUUUUGGGAGGAGGUGGGCAGUCAACAUAGCAGGUGAAUUAGCCACUUUGAGACCAGAGAGUAACACUGGGCUGUUAGAUGUGACAUGUGGACAUUUUAUCGAUUGGACAAUAAGAAGAAGUAAGCAAGAAUUCAUACGUUCUUGAAAAGUUUGUGUUCGCAAGGUUCUUCUGUGUUCCUAUCUCACCACAGCAGUAAAUUUAGCGGAGGAAGGACAACAAGUCAGGCUCCUGGAUCUGUCGGGACAACACCAACAGAAAUUUUUUUGAUACACACGUCAAGCCUUAUCUGUUUGAAUCAUUGUUGAAAACCUGUAGUUAAGAUUUGAGGGAUUCCUUAUAUGUUUUAUUCAUUUCUGGGUGGGGGGUGUCUGUCUGUAUGACACUUGUGAUCAUGAUUGCUCCAUCGUCCAGUGAUGGGAUCAUUUUAAAGCCCCAUUCGUGCAGUGGUGAAGUCAGUUCCCGAGCCAUACAUUCACUCGUACCUUUAUUUGUGCAUUUUAUCAAACAUUUAACACUUCUCACGUUGUUGAUAGAUUUUUUGUUUCCUUUUAGACUCACUUUUUCAUAAAUAACAAACAUGGUGCUAAGCUUUGACAGGUCGUCAGUUGAACUAAGCUGUCCUGUGAAUCAGGAAUUGUUUAGCUGUUUAUUCACCCUGCUGAGGUCAUGUAUCUUAAAUUUAUGCACUCGAGCAGUACUCUUAUCGUCAUUGGAGUAUAGUGUCUGCUAGGUUUGACACUUGUGGUCUGCUGUUUUUUCCUCUUUCUCUUUCUUCCUGUGCAGACUUGCAAUGUAGAUUAUUGCAGUUUCAGUCAGUAGUGUCAUAUUUAUAAGAAUGGAAGCAGGAAACUUUUUUUCUGUUGAUGUACAGUGUAUGUAGCAAACACUACCCAAGCCAAAAGUGAAGAGUUGUGGUGAAUAUCAGUUUUUAGAUAUAUAUAUAUAUAUUUUAUUACUCUUAUGGCAGAUGCUCAUUACAUGUUGCAAUAAGACUUUGCUGCCCUGUAGUUGCGCAUAAAAAACCAUAAAAACACACAUUAUUUUCUUCUUUGUGAAACUUGCGAGAGUUUAUCUCUUGAUCAGGGAGGGCACUGGCGUAAAGCAUCGCUUCUGAGUGUGUGCACUCAGCUCCUGCACCAGGCUUGUUAAAAACAGGGUGCACAGACUUAAAAAGUUGUCGCAGUUGCAAAUGAAAACAAGAAAAGGUCUGAAGUAGAGCUGAUAGAACACACUCAGCACCUUUAUGAUAAUUGUUUAACAUUGUUCUUAGUCCAUGUUCAGUGCCGUCAUUGACGAGGCUAAUUGAAAUCACACACUGUUCAAAUUGUAUAUUUAUUCAUGUUUUUGAUUUUGAUUUUUAAUGGUAAAAGGUUGUGCUUUGUAUAAACGGUGGUGGUCUUGUGUAUUAGGAGAUCUCCCCUAUCUGUAUAUUUUUUUUUUAUUGUUUACAAAUGAUGUCCUUGGUUUCACUAAUUUACUUGAAUUUUUUCAUUUGGGGCAGUUAUGUCAUUCAUUUAAGCCUUUAUGACAAAUUGUUCUAAAGCAGGUAUUUUUAAAGAAUCAUUUUUAUUUUAUUUUUUUUGUUAUGGUAGAUUACUGUCGGUCUUAGAAUCAGACACAGGAGUAAAUUGAGCACUGUUUGCCUUUCCAAGCCCAUAAUCAUUGUUUUUGUGUCACGUCGUUCUCUCCAGACAAACUGGAGCAAAUUUCCAUAAUCUUUUGGUCGUAAUCUUUAUCCCAUUUCCUUCUUGCAUGUCCAAUCACUGGGAUGGAGCCCAGAUUAACAUGUGUCAAUCACCCACCUGACAACGAGAGCAGUCACUCCCAACUCCUUGCAAGGAUUCUACCUCAGCUGUUUAAACAGAUGUCUGGGAAUACUGAUGCAAAAAAGAGAGGAUGAUAAUUUAAGAGUUGCUUGGUUUUAAUUUCCUGCAGAGUGUGUGUUUGUGUGUGCACGCGUCUGUCUGUGUAUUAUGUGCGUGCAUGUGUGUGGGUAUGUGCGUGCACCUGAAAUGAAGGAUGCAAAGCACUAGUCAAAACCUUAAGUUAUCAUGACCAUCUCUCCCAGAAUCUGUUAAGAAAGCUGUAUGUUAUAUAUACACACAUAUAUAAAUAAAUAUAUA